GGUGUCCUUCCUGUUGUUAAUAAUAGAAUAUUACCAUCCAGAUCGGAAAGUAGUCUUAUUCUAGCCUUUGAAAUGUUCUUUUUGUUGAAAAUUAGCAGAACUCUGCUAUAUUGAAUUUCAUUUAUUUGUCCAUACAGCAUGCUUUUGACAAAGGGUUAACUAUCUGCUCAGUGAAGUAUAAACUUUGCAUUUGAAGUUUGACUGCACACAUUGAGGUGUCACUUUCCGCUGUUAACAACUUCCUCUUUUUUCUGGUGAUGCCAGUGACACUCUACAAAGUUUUCACUUUGUCGUUGUUAAUUCUGUUGCUCUUAUUGGAUUAUGUCUUAUUGUUGCAACAGAUAUUUGUUUAGCUACAGUUCCAAAGGAGACCAUUAAACAUUUAUUUACUGGAAGUAUUUUGGUGAGGCGUUGAACAGGCAUGAUGAUGUUAACAACAUGCAUGGUUGGUUCCAGAAACUCUUGAAAUCAAGAGUGUCUUUAUCUGCACAACAUGAACAAGAGGCACAAGUGACAGAAAACUCAGUGUCUUCUGUCAGCAGUAUAUCAACUUCACCUUCAUCUGCAUUGUCAUUCUGUUCUUCGUCAUCAUCACCAGGGACAACCCCUUCUAAACCCCUAAUGCGACAGUCUGCUCUGAGCUCACUGCUGCGAUGGAGCCGAAAGUAUGACGUGUUUGUGUGCCACAGCUCUGUGGACAGUGACAUUGAAGAGGCAGGACACUUGGUCUCUUUCCUGGAGGCUUCACCCCGCAGCCUUAGGUGCUUUCUACGGCAGAGGGACGACUGUCCAGGAGCUGCAAUUUCCACAGAGUUAUGCGAGGCUGUGCAGAACAGCCACAUAUGGGCUCUGCUUAUCACUCCUAACUUCCUGCAGGAUGAGUGGUGCAAGUAUAUAAUGCACCAGGCUCUGGCAGAGGGGCCCAUGUCCAAUCGGAUUAUUCCCCUAGUUCGGAACCUGUCCCGCUCUCAGUAUCCUCAGGAACUGAAGUUCUACUUCUACAUUGACCUGAGCAGGAACCCUGACCGAGGUUAUACUCUCCUCAACAAAACUGUGCUCAAGUACCUGGAAGAAAAGGAGGAGACACUUGAUUGCAAUGUGGACAGCUCUAGCAAUGGAUAAAGUGGAGAAGGCAGCUCUAAAAAAAGACAUGUUGAUGUCAAAGUAUGACCCCGCUGAGACUUCACUUCCAAGUGAUAAAGAAGAGAAAUGAAAGCUGCAGUGACAUUUGCUGUGAUCAUCAUCAACAGUAAUUAAAGACCGUGAUGAAGGGCAAGAGGAUCUGAAUGGAAAACACUGCUGCUACUGACCGAACUCAUGUACAGUGAACCUUUAUCACAUCAUGUCAUGAUUUAAAGGCAAGUUAGACUUUUCCUUGUGCAUACUUAACACUGGGUGUGUGGAAAGGAUGUCCAUACAAUGAACAGGAAACAUUUGAUUCCAAGCAGCAGAGGGGUUAUUUCCUGUAUCAGAUCUAGAGAAGUGCAGUGUGGUGACUUAGUUAAAUGGCAGUUUGAAAUUACAGUCACAACAUAUCACGCCUUUUGCAAGAAAUCUUGGUGUCUAGUUUGAUAACAAUUUAUGUUUUGAGCAACAUAUCACUAAGCUUGUCCAAUCAUGUUUUUAUCACCUCAGAAAUAUUGCAAAAAUCCGACCUAUUUUAAAUCUUAGUGAUGCAGAAACUGUUGUACAUGCUUUUAUCUCCUCACGCCUUGAUUACUGUACCAGUCUGUUCACUUGUCUUAAUAAAAAAACUCUGACACGACUGCAGACUGUACAGAACUCAGCUGCUAGGCUUUUAACCAGGACCAAGAAGUACGUCCACAUAACACCUGUUUUAGCCUCUUUACAUUGGCUCAAUAUUUGUUUUAGGAUUGAUUUUAAGAUCUUAUUGAUUACUUUUAAGGCUCUUCAUGGCCUGGCUCCAGACUAUAUUUUAGACCUUGUAAUCCCUUAUGAACCUUCACGUAGUUUGAGAUCUUCGGGCAGGGGUCUCCUGUCUGUUCCUGAGUCCAGGAUUAAAACUAAGGGGGACAGAGCUUUUGCUAUCAGGGCCCCGAGGCUCUGGAACAACUUGCCCGAAGAAAUUAGGUUGUCUGAGUCAGUGUCUUCGUUUAAGUCUCUUUUCAAAACACAUCUGAAAGCAUAUCCCGAUUUUACCUGAACUGGCUGAUUAUUUUAUUGCUUUUGUGCUCUAUAAAUAAAGUUUUAUUAUCUUAUUAUUAUUAUAUCUGCCAUUAAUGAUCCCAUAUCCUGGGUAAUUAUGUUCAUAGUCUUAUCUUGUUACACAUAAUUCAGUUGAAUUUCAGCCCAUGACAUUUAUUGAUAAAGGGAAUUAAAGCACCAUAAAUGAA